CUAUUAUUCAGCAUUCAUUGACAUCUAAUCUCAUUCCUCUUUCCAUCCAUCACCAUGGUAAAGAACGGUGCACACUUUGACUUUGUCAUCGUCGGCGGUGGCACGGCAGGCAACACUGUCGCCGGUCGUCUGGUGGAGAACCCCAAUGUCACCAUCCUGAUCGUGGAGGCCGGCAUUGGCAAUCCUCAAGACAUCCCCGAGAUUACUACACCGUCAUCGGCCAUGGACCUCCGCAACAGCAAGUACGACUGGACGUACAAGAUCACCAUGGUCAAGCGGGAUGACUAUGAGCGUGUCGAGAAACUCAACACCCGCGGCAAGACCUUGGGCGGUAGUUCCUCGUUGAACUACUUCACAUGGGUGCCGGGCUGCAAGCCGACCUUUGACAUGUGGGAAGAAUACGGCGGCAAGGAGUGGACCUGGGAUCCCUUGCUCCCUUACCUUCGCAAGAGUGUCACCUACCAUGAUGACCCAGGCUUGUACUCAUCCGACCUAGCCAAGAUUGGCAGUGGUGGGCCUAUUCACAUCUCCCACGCUGAGCUCCUAGAUGAGAUGGCACCAUUCCGAGAGGCCGUGACCAAGGCCUGGUUGUCUCGCGGACAUGGGUUGACUGAAAACAUUUAUGACGGCACCAUGAUUGGCCUCACCCACUGCUGUGAUACUAUCUAUAAGGGCACGCGGUCGGGAAGUUUUCUCUUCGUCCAGAACAAGCCCAACAUCACCAUUCUGCCCCAGGUGCACUCCAAGCAUCUCAUCAUUAACGACGCUGACCGUACGUGCAAAGGUGUCACCGUGAUCGAUGCCGCGGGCCAGGAGCUCAGCUUCUAUGCCGACCGUGAGGUGAUCCUGUCUCAGGUGGCAUUGGUCCCAUUCGUGCUGCGGGUCAAAGACGGGUACGGCAUGGAGGACCACCUGUUGCGCAAGGGCCCCAAGAAUGAUGCCGUGGUGGCUGCCUACCAGAAGGACCGGUCAGGACCAGUGGGGUCCGGACUCCUGGAGCUAGUGGGCUUUCCUCGCAUCGAUGACUAUCUGGAAAAGGAUGAGAAAUACCGCCGGGCCAAGGCUGGGAAUGGCGGCAAAGACCCGUUCUGUCCGGAUGGUCAGCCGCAUUUUGAAUUGGAUUUCGUGUGCAUGUUCGGCAGUGCCUUUCAAUGGCACUAUCCCACACCCGAGACGGGCAAUUACAUCACCAUCGUGGUCGACCUGGUGCGUCCUGUUUCGGAGCCUGGUGAGGUGACGCUGAAUAGCUCUGAUCCGCUGGUGCAGCCGAACAUUAACCUCAACUUCUUUGCCAAUGAUCUGGACAUCAUCGCCAUGCGGGAAGGCAUUCGGUUUACCUACGAUGUGCUCACCAAGGGCGACGGUUUCAAAUAUUUAGUGGAAUGUGAGUACCCGUGGGAGAUGCCCCUUCAUUCAGAUUCUGAGAUGCGCCGCGCUGUCUUGGACCGCUGCCAGACGGCCUUUCACCCCUGCGGUACGGCGCGGUUAUCGAAGAGCAUUGAGCAGGGAGUGGUCGAUCCCCAGCUCCGCGUACACGGCAUCAAGCAGUUGCGGGUGGCCGAUGCGUCGGUGGUUCCGGUGAUUCCGGACUGCCGGAUCCAGAACUCGAUCUAUAUGGUGGGGGAGAAUUGUGCAGACAUGAUCAAGGCGGCUCACCAGGAUCUGUAUCAGUAG